AUGUCGGUGUCUACUCAAAAUGCCAAAUCAGUGGCCGGAAACAACAGUCGACCCACGAGCCGGGAUGGGCCCAAGAAGAACAUCUGGUCGUCAAUGCUAGAUAGUGUUGCGAACGGGAAACGGUUACCAGAGAAGAAUCUGUUGAUUUUAGGAGGCACAUCAGACAGUCAGAGAGAGUUCUUGGAUACUCUUUCUGCAGACACGUCAGACCCGAGCUUACGGAAUGAGAGACGGAGGGGGAAAACGCCGCCUAUUGCGAACAAGUUUGCUCUGGGGUAUACCUACCAGGAUGUUUUGGAUGCAGACCAUGAAGAUACCCUCGCGCGCGUCUCUGCGUACCUCCUGUCCGAACCUUCGCUGUCCUUUGCUCCUCUUCUCAAACCGCUCCUUACACCUCACUCGGUCCCCGAAACACUCGUCGUCAUCCUGCUAGACUGGUCGGAGCCCUGGACGUGGGCGCGGCGACUAAGAGAAUGGGUCCGUCUUUUACGACAUGUGUUGAUCUCACUGGACGACGAGACUAAAAUUGUCAUGGAAGAGGUCAUGACGGAAUGGCGGGAUCGGAAACGAGGCCUGGAUGCUAGCACAGCCGGUCCAGGAGGGUUAGCAAGCUCCGGUGGCCCUGUGGCGAUACCGUUAGGCCCAGGCGAAUGGGACGAAGGGCUGGGGAUUCCCAUGUGUGUCGUUUGUCAAGGGGCCGAUAAGAUCGAGAAGCUUGAAAAGGAUCAUGGCUGGCGGGAAGAAGAAUUCGAUUUCAUCCUCCAGUUCAUGCGUACUCUCCUCUUGAAGCAUGGCUCUUCUCUCAUCUACACUACCCCUUUCCUCGCCAACUCCUUGCAAAGCUUGAUCCAUUCAUCUCUCGGGAUCCAUUCGCUCCUCAAGAGACAAUCACUGAAACACAACGUCAUUGACCGAGAUAAGAUUCUGGUACCUUCCAACUGGGACUCGUGGGGGAAGAUCCGCAUUAUUCGAGAAGGAUUCGACAUGGAAGGGGUAUCGACAGGCUGGUCGAUCGAGAUCCAGGAUCCUCCCGAGCCUGUCAUGAAUGAGUCCGCUGACAGCGCACCCAAUACCGAUCCUACAGCAAGAGAAGUCGAUGGAUCUAGUGCUGUGACAAUAUAUGAGCAGACCAUCCAAGACCCAAAGCGGGACAAUUCCAUCUCUAGUACCGGCGGCCGAGCAAACGGAAUCAACAAGGUUGAGAUCGAAACAGUCGACAUGCAGGGCUUCCUCACCCAACAGCUCGAAAUCCUGGAGCAGCUCAAAGCGGAAGACGAGCGGGACCGCACCGCGAAGCCAGUACCAAAACUGGAGAUGUCACCUAUGGACGACAAUGGCCGGGUCAACGAACAUAUUGGGCCCGUACAGUUCAACAUGGGCGGCAUCCAGGUUGACGCCGAUGAUAUGCUUCGCAAACUCAAGGAACGAGAAGCCAGUCGGACACAGCGCAAGGAGAGCUUGACGACUGCUGUCGGAGACGAGAAGGCUCACAAUCAGGCGUUAGCCAACUUCUUUGCCGGUCUGGUGAAGAAACCCGGUGGAAGCCCUCGCGGCAGUCCUUCUGCCUGA